AUGCAGAUGGAAGCUACAGAUGCAACUCACCCCAAGGAGAAGAAGGACAAGGAACACGCCAGAGAGGCCAAACCGGCGAAGGAAAAGAAGGACAAGAAGGAGAAGAAAGAAAAGAGCAAGGAGGGCAAGGAAAAGAAAGAGAAGGUCGGAGAGGUAACUGACACGGCCAAGCUGAGGGCAAAGCUAGAGAAGAUCGAUGUGAAAAUCGACGACCUGAAGGCGAAGAAGCAGGAGAUUGUGGCUCGACUCCUCGAGCUCGAGGGUAAGGCAGCAGAGGCUGCAGCACCAGCGAGCGGCUGA